GAUGGCGUCUUUUUCACGUACUCAUAUUUUCCAGGGAUUCAUUUUCUUCAACAACAGAGAAAUGAUAUCCAAUUAUCGCUAAUGGUAUCCCGUAGUAACCGUGGUGUGGGAGCAUGUCGGUGCACAGGACAAUGAUCUUAGUUCCUUAUUGAUGUCUUAUCAGAAGAGAACGACAAGUAUUGGAAUAGAGUAGAUCAGUCGGAUCACCAAUUUAUCAGCCUCCUCCCGGUGAGCGUAUCCGCUACAAACCAAGGAGAUGCCCGUUUCUACUGACGUUGAUCCUUGGGAUGAUGAAACAGCUCGGUAGUGCCAAUAAAAAUAGCGUAAGGGUAUUCCAUGGCCGCUCCGAAAGCCUCUUUCAUCCGUACUACAUUGGACUUUUACUCCUCAGUCACUUCCAGUCCUUUCGAAGGAGCACUUCUCGAUGACUACCAACCCUGAUAUACCCGCAAGAGCAUGGCUUACUGAUGAGGCAAUUGAAAGAAGGAAACAAGCAAUGUACGGUUCCGUCUCCGUUUUAGACGAGGUUCCAGACGAUCAGAUACUCCCGGCGUACAUUGAUGUGUUCCAACACCACCUUUCCCCCAGCAAAAUUCCCUCGCGUAAUGAGAACUCGUUAAACGUUCCGUCCACUAUCAUGGCAAUAGCUUGUUUUCGAACCAUCUGUAGGGGUCUACACAGUGGCUACCAACCAGGAUGGACCCAGGGAUUCUCAGAAAUGCACUCGGAAUUCAGCAUAUUAUGGCCAGGGAUACGCGCUUGGAGUCUCCACUUCAUCUCUGUAUGCACAUCCAAGAAUCCUUCCGUGUCAGGAUUGACGUCGGGGUCGGGCGUGGAUUUAACGACUGUGAGGACCGUGACCGCCAUGUGCCUGGAAUCCCUCGCCAGAAGGACCUCAUACUACGAAUUGAUCUCCACCGACGAUGCAUUACAUCCUUACCUUGUUGAAUUUUGGCGUCAGUCAUGCCUCUCACGCUGCCAUGUCACCCGGCGUCACAUGAGUUGCCUAUUGUAUAAUCUUCUCUUUAUGGACGAAACACGAUGGGUCGGCUGGUCCACACUAGAAGUGAACCCAGUGGAGACAGCGAAGCUUUGCUUCGACUCGGUUUUGGAGGAUUACGUUGAAGGCGAUGGGUAUGACGAUGAUGCCUUCCGCGGUUCUUGUCCGAUGGACCUCAUGACCGUCAUAUGUAAAUCACCGAUUCUAUCAGAAGCGGUGAUACACGAGAAGAGUGUACAGUUUAUAUGCAGUCUUAUGCGCCGAUUCGCUGGCAAGAUCAUCCACCUUCGACCUACUCGUAAUUCCGGACUUUGGAACUGGUUUCGCAGCACAGUAAACUUUUUACGCGCCAGUCUCUCGCAUUCCAACUUACCUAUAAUCCUUGCAUUGGUCGAUAGCCGCGUUUUAGUGCUACUGCUACGUGUCUGGCCUCUGCUCCCAUAUGACAGGAGAUUUAGCGUGCGGCAUGCCAUCCCCUCGAUAAUGGACGCCAUUAUGCUCUACACCUCGUACAGAUCAGUCGCCCACGGUGUUAUUCGCUCUAUCAUCUCUUUGGACAAGAAAGGUGUUAUUGUGGACAUUAAAGAGUAUACAGCAGAAAUUGUUCGCGCUUGGUCAGAUCUGAAAUCGAUCGCUCGAAAGUAUUAUGUGAUCAGGAGGAACUGUGAUAAAUUACGCAAUGUUUGCUUUGCGUGCCGACGUGUAUAUGGAAGGAAUAUGCAAUGCUGUUCCAAGUGUGAAAGCGUCCAGUAUUGCUCUAUGUUGUGCCAACGGACACACUGGAAAACGGAGCACAAAGCUAAAUGUAUCAAAUCCAAGGUUACCUUGAAGGAUAGGAAAUACCUCGCUUUCCUCGCUCAAGUCACAAUUAUCAAACACGACCGGACUCUUUUACCAUUCAUAUCUGACUACAUGAACGAGUUCUCCGUCACAGAGCGGUCUUCUCUAGCAAUUGAGGUCUCCUUUCGCAAAAAUCCAAAAGUUCCGAAGCUUUCAAUAAAGAGAAUCACUGAUAUAGCCGACGAGGUGGGGGAAAUUAAACCGUGGCUCGCCGACAAUCAUCAGGGGGAGCGUGAUACUUGUGGGAUGGUACGAGUUUUGGCGCCGGGAGGAUUUGAUCAGUCUCAUAUAUUUCCGUCCGGAUGGACUGCGGCAAAGUUGACAGUGUAGGGAAAGGGCCAUUAAUAACAUAUUCAUUGUAUAGUACUGGUACUUCUUACCUCUGAUCUCGCUUGAGUGAGCAAAAAACGACUCUGCUUAAUGUCCAUGCGCCAGUUUAUCGAGUUCCACUGCAUCGUUUGCGCCGGGUGUAUGGUUCGGAGCAGCUACCUCACGCAUCAGCAAACUCCGGCGUAUUCUGAACAAGCGGUCUUUAUAAAAUAUGCCGGAUUUGAAUACCCCACGGCAAGUCAUGGGCAGAAAUUGAUGAGAGAUGCGGGAUACGGCUCUUCCGUUUCUUCCUUUACGGCAGAGAUGAUGGCCUUCAACGAAUUC